GCGUUCUUGAUCGACUCGCUCACUUCACCCACUGGGCGAGUAUGUAACCAAACUAGGUGGCAUUUUGGGACUCAGUCGAGUGUUAUAUUUAUUUUCCGCUAGUGAGUUUGUAUUUUUGCCCCCUGUCGACAUGGGCAAUGGUAUCAACAAGGUCCUGCCUGACUUAUACUUGGGGAAUUUCAGAGACGCGAGAGACCGAGAACAGUUAGCCAGGAACAACAUCACCCACAUCCUGUCCAUUCAUGACACUGCAGCACCCAUCCUCCAGGAGAUGACCUAUCUCUGCAUUUCAGCGGCUGACCUGCCCACGCAGAACCUGACUCAGCAUUUUAAACAAAGUAUCACGUUCAUGCACGAGUCCCGGAUGAAAGGAGAAGGCUGCCUGGUUCACUGUCUGGCGGGGGUGUCCCGCAGCGUCACCCUGGUGGUGGCCUACAUUAUGACGGUGACCACGCUGGGCUGGAAAGAGGCUCUGGCUGCAGUGAGGGUGGUCCGGCCCAGUGCGGGUCCUAACCUGGGCUUCCAGCGCCAACUCCAAGAGUUUGAGGCGACUCAAGUUGAUGAAUUCAGAGAUUGGCUCCAUAAGGAAUUCAAGGACCGCACUUUCAAGGAUGAAGAUGAUGUUCAGGAGCUGCUCGCCAGACCUUCUAAAGUCAACAGCGAGAAGGCUGAAAGCCAGUAACGGACCCCACAGAAAGCCUUGUGAGAUCUUUUUUUUACGGGCGACUGACAUCCUCCUAUACUGUAAACCAGGGAUGUCAAACUGGUUUUCAUUGAGGGCCCCAUGGCAGUUAUGGCUGCCAUCAGAGGGCUGCUUGUAACAGUGAAUAAUGUAUGAUUUUGCCUCUGGAUUUUAUUAUUAAUUGUAUAAAUAGUUUAAAGUAGACCGUCAAUUUUACAGUAAAAACUUAACAUUUAAAAAUUUUUACUGUAAAAUAUUGCGUUUUUUUACGGUAAAUAUAAAAAAUAUAAACACAGUACCACUGUUUUGUUUUUUGUUUUUUUUACGGAAAAAUCUGGCAGCUUAGUUGACAGAAUUUUUGUGUUAAAUUGACAUUGGUUUUUACAACAUUAUAUUGUGAAUGGAAAAACAGAACAAGUUCUUUUUUUAUUCUGGCAACUUAGCUGCCAGUUUUUCUACCGUAAAAACGAAUUUAUUGUUUUUCCAUUUACAGUAAUACACAGUUAAAAAAAACAAGAUUUUACAGUAAAAAUAUGGCAGCUCAGUCAACAGACUUUUAAUGCCAAAAAAAUGAUUGUUUUUUUCAAUUUACAGUAAUAUGCUGUAAAGAACACAAUACAUGGGUAGUUUGCUGUAAAAUCAUAAGUCAAGCAGAUAUUUAAGUAUUUAUUUUCAUUUAGACAUAAACAUGUUUGGGAAGUAUGAUAAUAUACUGUAAUAUUUGUUGCAAUAAUGGAUACUAUUAAAGUUUAAAAUGUAUGCAAUUUCAAGCAGUACAUAUAUUUUUUCCGUCAAUAUGAAAAAUGUCCAUUACAUUUAGUGAGAAAAUAUUAAGUACUUUAUUGACACAUAUCAUUUCCAGGUGUUUGCGGGCCAGAUAAAACGAUGUUGCGGGCCAGAUCUGGACGCCGGGCCUUGA